AUGGCCGCCUACGACCCCUACGAGCGGGACUAUCCCCGCCAAUACGUUCGUGAAGAACGUAGAGAGGUUGCCCGCGACAGGUUUCUCGAUCCCCGCGACUUUCCCAAGACGCACUCCCGCGAUCUAGUCCCUCGACAGGACAGUGACCUCUCCGUCGAAGAGAUUCGCCGCGACUUCCCCCCUCCCUCAGGCAGAGAUGUACGCCGCGCUCGCUCUGCCGGUCCCUUUGAUGACGACUACGGUCGUCCUCGUGGUUAUGCCGGCUAUGACCGUUACGAUUCUCGAUAUGACCACGAGCGGGACCGAGACUACGACCGCCGUCAUCGUCGCGGCCCCAGCAGCAGCAGCUACCAGGAUGAUGAGCGCCCCAAGAAGGACAAGGCCAAGACCAAGCAGGAAAAGAUUAUCGCAGCAGUCGCCGGCGCUGCUUUGCUUGCCGGCGGCAAAGAACUCUACGACCGGCACGAGGCCAAGCAGAGUGGCCACGAUGUCCACCGAAAUACGCUCUCCUCAGCAGCCCUCGCCGGGUUUGGUGCUAUUGCAGGAUACCAGGGCGCUGAGUUCUACAGCAAGCAGCAGGCCAAAAAGGACCAGAAAACCAAUCUUCUUCUCCAGCGCGGCCGAGAUGGUCAGCUCAGCGAAUACUACUCCGAUGAGGAGGACGGCAAGGAGAAGAAAACCAACAAAAACUUUCUUGAAAGUGCACUAGCGGCCACGGGCCUGGGUGCCGCCGUGAAGCAGUUUACUGGUGGCGGCGACGACAAGCACUCCCGCGGUGGCAGCCCCACCAGAUCCCGCGCCGGCUCUCGCGCCGGUUCCAAGGAGCGUAGUAGUGGCGGCAACAAGAUUCAGAAGGCUGCCAUGGCCUCUCUGCUCGCUGGCGCUACUGAGGCUUUCCGCGUAUCCAGAGAGCCUGGUGGUUGGAGAGGCGAAAAGGCCAAGCGCGUGCUUACGGCCGCUGCUGGUGCAGCGACUGUUGAUGCUGCUCACGGCGGCGACAAGGGCACCUUUGGUCUCGCCGAGUCCGUCAUUGGUGGUCUUGUCGGUAACCGUCUCAUCAACGGAUCCAAGAGAGACAUUGAAGAGGAUGAAAAGACUGGCCGCAGCCGAUCGCGGUCUAGGGCUCGUUCCAAGAGCGGCGGUGGCGGCGGUGGCGGUGCCGGUCUUGCCGCGCUCGCUACGGCUGGUCUCGGCGCUCUUGGUGCCAAGAAGGUUUUUGACCGCUCCCGCUCUGGCAGUCGUAGCCGCAGCCGACGCGCCGACUCGUACGAUUCCCGAGAUGGAUCCCCCGAUCGUCGUCGGCAGCGCAGCAGAAGUCGCAGCGUUGUCGACCGUGCCCGCAACAGCCUCGCCAAGCUAGGAAUCGGUAGCGCUGGUGCCGCUGCUGCAGACGACCACAGACGACGAGACCAGGAUGACUUUGACGAUGGUCCCCGCCACCGAUCUCGACGCCACUCUGAUGACUACGACGACAGAGAUCGGAGAGAUGGCCGAAAUGACCGAGACUACGCACGCGCACCACCUAGAGGCGAUCGAGACCGGUCCGUCUCACGAUCGCGUCGCCGUGGAGGACGUUCUGACUACGGGUCUGACACCGACCUUGGAGACUCGGACGAGGAUGAGAAAAGGGCAAAGAGAAUGAAAGACCAUCGUCGAUACUAG